AUGCCUAAACGAAAACGUUCCAAAGAAGAUACACUGGAGCGACUCCAAAGAAAAAUACAAAAGUUGGAAGAAAAAUUACAUCGAAUACACAGUGAUGUUGCCGAAUCUGGAGCUUCCCCGAAUAGGGAAGGUGUAAUACCUCUUACAAAUUCGGACACAGAUACACCAGAGUUACGGCCAGAUGAAUGGUUAAUAGAUGAAACACCUGAUGAAGAAAUCGAACAAAACCAGGCGGUUAACUCUUCAAUUCAGCCUGACUUUAGUGACCCCACACCACUGUCGGGUCCGAGUACGUCUUAUAACGUUACACUAACAGAAGACGACUUACUAGAGAUUUUAGGAGAGGAUCCCUCCAACAAAAAUAACUAUGGACCGGAAAUACGCAGUGAACUUGCUAAUCGUAUGAGCUCCACCCCAGUCGCGCAGGUCGCAGGGGCAAGCGCUGCCACAGAGGUCGGCGCCUCGGAGCCGCGGACCUGCAACUCAACGUGCACCGCGUGCACGGCCGCAAUCAUCGAGGGAGUCAUGGCAGCUGCACCGCCCACGCCGCCACUGAAUAGAGUUAAGUACGCGGGCCGUUUGUCCUUAUUCCUUAAUCAAUGGUCCCUCAUUACCAGCGACCGCAAGGUAUUGUCU